ACGCGCACACGCACGCACACGCGCGCUCUCUCUCUCACUCACUCACUUCUACACGGAGCUCUGUGUUCAUAAACUGCCGCUAUGUAGCCUGGUUAUAACGCUUUUUUUACACGCCGAAUAGACAUUUUAUUCACUUUUACGAGGAUUUUAUUUGCUAAAUUGUUUUGUGCGCGUGAUAUAACAAUGGUUUGCUAUGGAUAGUUAGUUACACUGCUUGCUAGCUAGCUAGUUAGCUGGCUAGCUAGCCAGCCGUCUUGCUAAAUGCUAACCGUACAUAAUAGCCUCUGCCUUUAGGUGAUAGCAUAACAAGAUGGUUGCUAACCGGGGAGGCUAAUGCGGCAGACCUUUGUUCCAGCAUGUCAGAAACUUUGAAAUAUGUGGAUGAUGAACACAAAACUAUUUUCCUGAAGAUUUUGAACGAGCAGAGACUAGAAGGCGAGCACUGUGACAUAGCUGUGGUGGUCGAAGACGUUAAGUUCAGGGCACAUCGAUGCGUGUUAGCAGCUUGCAGCAAUUACUUCAAAAAGCUUUUUAAGAAGCACGAGGUGGACAGCUCUUCAGUUAUUGAGAUUGACUUCAUCCGCUCGGACAUCUUUGAAGAGGUUCUGAACUAUAUGUACACAGCAAAGAUCUCUGUUAAGAAGAAGGAUGUCAAUUUAAUGAUGUCAUCUGGACAAAUACUUGGAAUACGUUUUUUGGACAAACUGUGCUCUCAAAAACGCGACAUGUCCUCUGAGGAGAAAAACGACCAUAAAAAUGCCAAAUAUCCCUAUGACCUUGUAAAAAUCGGGCUUCAACCGGAUGAGCCCCAGUUAAAUCAAGACAGUGAUGUCCAGGUCAUUGGGGACCAGGACGACACGCCAUCGGACGACAUCGUUGAGGAACCUCAAGGCAAUCACGAUCUAGACAAAUCGCCCAACAGUGCCCUGCGGGUAGAGGAAGCCACUUCACUUUUAAAAGAGCUAACCCAGGAGGAAGUACAUAAGGUUGCGUGUUAUGAUCAGGAUGUGGAAGCAAUGGACACUGAGCCCAAAGAGCUCGCCGCUCACACUCAGACCCUUGCGUUUGCUGACAGCAUGGGGGACGUUAAGGAUGAGCAAGCUCCUGGAUGGAGUACGGCUACUGCAGACAUGAAGCUUGAGUACCUGCUGUACGGCCACAGGGACCAGUUUGCCUGCCAGGUUUGCGGGAAGACCUUCGUGGACGAGAACCGACUGAGGAAACAUGAAAAGCUGCAUUCUGCUGAGAGACCGUUCAUAUGUGAGAUAUGCACCAAAGCAUUCACCACACAGGCCCACUUGAAAGAGCAUUUAAAAAUCCACACUGGCUUUAAACCCUACAGAUGCGAAGACUGUGGCAAGUCUUUCAUCCGCGCCCCGGAUCUGAAGAAACAUGAGAGGGUGCACAGCAAUGAGCGACCCUUCAACUGCCACAUGUGUGAAAAAGCUUUUAAGCACAAGUCCCACCUGAAGGACCACGAACGGCGACACCGAGGCGAAAAGCCUUUCAGGUGUAGCUCCUGCACCAAGGCUUUUGCCAAAGCAUCAGAUUUGAAGAGACAUGAGAACAACAUGCACAGUGAGAGGAAGCAGCUGUCUGCAAACACCUUGCAGAGUGAGACUGAACAGCUACAAGCAGCUGCGAUGGCAGCAGAGGCUGAGCAGCAACUGGAAUCCAUAGCAUGCUCGUAACAUAACGUGCGUGUGUGUGUAUGUUCAGUACACUCACACUAAUGCACUGUAGAACAAUCUUUUCUUACCCAUUUCAAUAUGGUAAACAGAUGCAGUCUUAUUGUUUUGGUCUUGUUUUAAGUUCAUUUUUUGAACUAUUAGAGUAUCAGAUCAUGAUAAUUUUUUUAAUUUUAGACAUAAGUUGAUUAACACUGUUGAAUGUUUUUAUUUUCUUCCAGAUGUAAAUGGUGCAAGAUUUUUUUUCUCACUGUAAACUUCAUACCAAAUGUAUUUAGUAUUUGUGGCAGUGCAAUGGACAAUGAAUUGUACUGACUUACACUUGUUGACACAGUACAGAUGUGCACAGUGCCAGUUUUGCUAAGAAAACAGAAUUAUCAAAAUGCUGAUAAUUGUCUUUGAUGGUCAGUCUUUCCACCAACUAUCUUGCAAGAUGAAAAGAAGAUUUACCUUAUUGAUAUUUUUGCUGUAAUAAAAAAGCAUUUCCAAAA